AUGUAUCGAUCAGCGCUGCGGACUGCACCGCGCGCCUCCGGCGCCGUCAGACAAAAUGCUUUGAGGACGACAGUGCCACGACGAUUCGCCUCGACAGCACCAGCAGACAAGAAGAGGAGUUGGAAGAGCUCGGCAGUGAGAUGGGGUCUUGCAGCUGGCGCAGUGUACUGGUACAGCACAAGUCCAGUGUUUGCCGAGGAAAUCCAACCACUCCACGUGCAACCGCCGCCCCAAUUCUCCGACGAUGACCUCCCGACCGUCGAAGCUGUGAUUGCAGAGAAGCGCAAGGAAGCCGAGGCCAGAGCCGCCAGGGCCGCCGAGGAAGCCGCAAAGGAAAAGACAGCUGCUCCCUUGGCCGAUGCAGACAAGCAAGUCUCAGCGAGCGAGCCCGAGUCCGGCGAGGUUAGCGGACCAGAGGCUUUGGAGGCCGAGGCGAACCAGCAAGGCGCUUUCAACCCCGAGACUGGCGAGAUCAACUGGGACUGCCCAUGCCUGGGAGGAAUGGCCCACGGUCCUUGUGGUGAGGAGUUCAAGGCUGCAUUCAGCUGUUUCGUCUACUCCAAGGAAGAGCCCAAGGGAAUGGACUGCAUUGACAAAUUCCAGCACAUGCAGGACUGCUUCCGCUUACAUCCUGAGGUCUACGGAGACGAGCUUGCAGAUGACGAAGAAGAGACACCAGGUGCUGAGGCGACACCAGAGGCUGCAUCUGCCGCCACGACCACGCCGGCACCUGAGCUUGAUGCCACCAGCUCUCCAAGCAGCACAGCAGUCGUCAAUGUGAAGACUGAUGUAAAGCCCCCGACUUCGGAUGAAAAACCGUCCGCAAACAAGCCGGAAUCCAAUGGUCCCGCAUCCAAAUCUUCCUAG